CGGGGCGGGCGCGCUGCGGCGGUCGCUGCUGCUGCUUCCUUGGGCCAUUUUGCUCCGCGCGGAGCGACGAGAGGUUGCGAGCUCGGGCUAGAGGAGGCGCGGGCCGGAGGAAGCGGCGGGCUUUCCGCAUUCGCAAGGUUCGGAGGGCCGCAGCGAUCGCCGGCGAAGGGGGUCGGGGGCCCCUUCCCGGUCCCUGCACCAUGAGCUGGGGUACUGAGCUCUGGGAUCAGUUUGACAACUUGGAAAAACAUACACAGUGGGGAAUCGAUAUUCUUGAGAAAUACAUCAAGUUUGUCAAGGAGAGGACGGAGAUCGAGCUCAGCUAUGCCAAGCAACUCAGGAAUCUUUCAAAGAAAUACCAACCUAAGAAGAACUCGAAGGAAGAGGAGGAGUACAAGUACACGGCAUGUAAAGCGUUUCUUUCCACCCUGAAUGAGAUGAAUGACUACGCCGGGCAGCACGAGGUCAUCUCUGAGAACAUGACGUCACAGAUCACGGUGGACCUGAUGCGCUACGUUCAGGAGCUGAAGCAGGAGAGGAAGUCGAAUUUCCACGAUGGACGGAAGGCACAGCAGCACAUAGAGACAUGCUGGAAGCAGCUGGAGUCGAGUAAGAGGAGGUUUGAGCGGGACUGUAAGGAAGCCGAUCGGGCACAGCAGUACUUCGAGAAAAUGGACGCUGACAUCAACGUGACCAAGGCGGAUGUGGAAAAGGCACGACAACAAGCUCAGAUACGCCAGCAAAUGGCAGAGGACAGCAAAGCAGAUUACUCCUUAAUCCUGCAGAGAUUCAACCAGGAGCAGUGGGAAUACUACCACACCCACAUCCCCAACAUCUUCCAGAAAAUACAAGAGAUGGAGGAGAGGCGGAUUGUGCGCAUUGGGGAGUCCAUGAAGACGUACGCCGAGGUGGACCGGCAGGUGAUACCCAUCAUUGGGAAGUGCCUGGACGGGAUAGUGAAGGCGGCUGAGUCUAUUGACCAGAAAAACGACUCCCAGCUGGUCGUAGAAGCCUACAAGUCAGGAUUCGAGCCUCCUGGAGACAUUGAAUUCGAAGAUUACACACAGCCGAUGAAACGCACCGUGUCAGACAACAGCCUUUCCAGCGCCAAAGAAGGCAAGCCCGAGCUUAGAUUUGGUGGCAAGUCCAGAGGCAAGCUCUGGCCGUUCAUCAAGAAAAACAAGCUUAUGUCCCUUUUAACAUCCCCCCAUCAGCCUCCCCCUCCUCCCCCUGCCUCUGCCUCACCCUCUGCUGUUCCCAACGGCCCCCAGUCUCCCAAGCAGCCAAAGGAACCCCUCUCCCACCGCUUCAACGAGUUCAUGACCUCCAAACCCAAAAUCCACUGCUUCCGGAGCCUAAAGCGUGGGCUUUCUCUCAAGCUGGGUGUCACACCAGAAGACUUCAGCAACUUCCCACCGGAGCAGAGAAGGAAAAAACUACAACAGAAAGUUGAUGAUCUCAAUAAAGAGAUACAGAAGGAGACAGAUCAGAGAGAUGCCAUCACCAAAAUGAAAGAUGUGUAUCUGAAGAACCCUCAGAUGGGAGACCCAGCCAGCUUGGACCAGAAACUCACCGAAGUCACCCAGAACAUAGAAAAACUGCGGCUGGAGGCUCAGAAGUUCGAGGCCUGGCUGGCUGAGGUGGAAGGCAGACUCCCAGCUCGGAGUGAGCAGGCACGCCGGCAGAGUGGACUGUAUGAUGGCCAGACACACCAGACAGUCACUAACUGUGCCCAAGACCGGGAGAGCAGCCCAGAUGGUAGUUACACAGAGGAGCAAAGCCAGGAGAGCGAGCACAAGGUCCUGGCCCCAGAUUUCGACGAUGAAUUUGAUGAUGAGGAACCGCUUCCGGCCAUAGGGACCUGCAAAGCCCUCUACACAUUUGAAGGUCAGAACGAAGGCACCAUUUCUGUAGUUGAAGGAGAGACGCUGAGCGUGAUUGAGGAGGACAAAGGCGAUGGGUGGACUCGCAUCCGCAGAAACGAAGACGAGGAGGGUUACGUCCCCACUUCCUACGUCGAAGUCUAUUUAGACAAAAACGCCAAAGGUUCCUAAAGGAGUGGCGUACAUGGCCAGAGUCCCCCGAGAGCCUCCCGGGAGGGAGCCACCAUCGUCCAGCCCGCUUGUCCCCACAGGCCUCCAGCAGCACUCAGCUGGCUGGGCAGCCUCCAGCCCACCUGCAGGCUGGGUUCCCAUAUCCCGCCUCCCCUUCCCCUUCACAGCAUGCUCCUGUGGCUCCGCCAGUCCCUCUGCCUGGGUACAGCACGGGUGUUUCUCUCUCGCAGCCCCCCCCCCCAUGGGGGUUGUCCACUUCACUCCGCUCCCUUCCCACCCAGGCUACCAAGACAGCUGGACAUGUACCCUGUAUCCCUGCUCCUUCCGGGCUCCCAGUCCACCUGCUCAUCGCCUGGCCACUCCUUGCACAUCUCACACUGUGCCUUUGUCAACCGUCACCGCUGGUUUCCUGGUGACUAACAGAAUCCUGACAAGGAGGGCCAGUUGUGCAUCAGGUGGACUGAGCACCCACCUGUCUGUCAUCCAUGUGUCUCUUGGGACUCAAUGUCAGAUGUGUCCUUCCGUCCAGAGGCUGCUGCCUCAGGCCCUCCCUGUCAUCCAGCACUGUUACCUUCCAUACUCCAUCCCAGGGGAUCUAGGGUAGGACUGGGGCACCUAGCCCCCAUCCACCCCCACUCUGGUUCUAAACCAUCUACAUGGCCCUAAAGUAUUGGAUGUAUUGGAGUCCCAAAUCCAGCCUGUGGGCCAGCCCCGCUGUCUUGUCUGUAUCUACCUUCUAUGAGUGCUGCCUGCCUGUUUGUGGUACCCUGUGAUGGAGGGCCUCACAGCCACACUAGUCACUGUAAGGCGGGCCUGCGGAGUCCCAUAAGUAGCAUUUGAGGACUCUCCUCUGUUCCCACCGAAGACCUUGUGCCUCUUGUGGUCCCUCCAAUGGCUCUGGCCACUGCUUCUGCAUCGAAUCCUGUUCUCUAGAAGCCCCAGAGAAUGGAUGGAGCCUUUUGAAGCUGUUGCCUUCCUAGAGUGGUAGAGCUUUGGGGGAGAACCGAGGUGGUCCUUCACACCUUUGAGCCACUCUUUCUCUCCUUUCCCGGGACAGAAGUCCUCAAGACUUAGGACUUGGCCACAAGCCCCUGUGAAGGGUACCCUGCAAGCAUGAGCUGGAGGAGGCUGGCUGGCGUCUUCCUCUGGGCAGUUGGUAGCUUAGCAUCAAGUCAGAGGAUGAAAGACAGGGAAGUCUUAUAAAACCAGAGACAGGGACAGAGAGGGCAGGUCCUCAGGGUUGGGCCUGUGCUUUGUCCAUGGUUUGUGGAAGUGCUGACAUCCAUGCAUUGGGGCCAGUAUUACAGACAUUUUGUGAGGAACUACCUCACAGCAGAGGGGAGGGUACCAAGGUGGGGAGCAGCUCACAAGGUGGGCCUGGCUUUGGGUUUCAAGAGCAAGCCAGGAGCCGGGUGUGGUGGCGCCCGCCUUUAAUCCCAGCACUUGGGAGGCAGAGGCAGGUGGAUUUCUGAGUUUGAGGCCAGCCUGGUCUACAGAGUGAGGGAUUAGAGGCAGGCUUUCUUGGCCCCGCCUCCUCCCAAGUAAGGCCAAGCCAGACACACUGCCCUCUGGGGCCCCUGUGAGGCUGUUCAGGACUAGGGGACAGUAUGGAAGCCUAGUACCUAAGAGUGAAGAUUGUCAGGGCCUCAGCUCUGACACAGUCAGUCUGACCUGUGGCCCAGGCAGCUCCGCUCCAGCACGUUACCAGGCAUCUAACUCCAGAACCUCUGAUUUUCACCAAGUUGGGCUGACCACUGUCCCCUCCAUGAGGAGCCAGAGUGGUUUUUAUGGGUCUUGUUCACAGAUCUCAUUAAUGCAUGAAGGACGAAGAAAGGCUCUUGCCACAAAGGUAAAAUGGAGGAGGCUGCCGGUCUUCAGAUGACCGUUAAAGCCUGCACCUGUCCCUGUGUCCCCUCACUUCUUUUUUUUUUAAUUUCCUGAACUAACUUUACAUCCAGAAAGACUGGCGGGUGAACGUCUUCAGGCCGAUCUCUGAGAGACGAUCUGCCGUGGACAUCCUGUGGAAUUGUACCGGAAUUGUACCGGCUGUGGGGGGAAGGGAAUGCAGGAAUCCCCAGAAGCUCUACACUCCCGUCCCCAGGACCCACUGCCUGUCACCCCUAGCUGCUAGUGUGCUGAGACAAGAAUGACUCACUGUAAAAGAACCUGCCCUGCAAAUGACUUAGAGAUGGAAAUAAAAGGAACAUGACAUUUACCACUUUUUUUUUUCUAUGCAGGAUGUGAAGCUGCAGUGGCCCCUCCCUCUAGGCUGAGCAUGCUUAUCCGGGGCACCAGCCCAAAUAACACACAGGGAGGCCACUAAUGCCUUCUGGUGACAUCUGUAGUGAACGUAGAAUGUCCACAUGAAGUUUAAAAAAAAAAAAAAAAAGUUCCGUUCCUGCCAGUAUUUUUCCCAGAAAUUGCCCUUUUGUGAUUACUUUUGACUCUGUGUCUGUACGUAUAACAUCCAAAAUGUCUCUAAUGCUAGCCCCAACUUCUCUUUUAGCCUGACAUCAAGCACCUUUUAAAUCAUGCGUGUGUGUGUGUGUGUGUGUGUGUGUUCGUGCGUGCGUGCCUGUGUGUGUGUGUGUGCGCGUGUGCUAAUUCUAAGCCUUGAGGGCAGGGCACUGUUGGGAAGGCCCUCAGAGUGUCAGGUCUUGGUCUUGCCUGCGACUCUGGAGGUGGAAUUAAAACCAAACAAAGUGCUUUCAGGAGAGAGCACUCUUACCCGUGUAAUUAAAUGUUAGUCCUUUCAAUGUUAAAUAAAGUAUAAC